GCGUUUGUGGCUAUUUGAAGGGACGGAAUGUACUAUUCUUCUAUCGUAUUCUAUUUAGGGCUGAGGCACGGUGUUGCGAAAGGAUUAAGCGAUGAUUUUCAGGGGGGAAGGGCCGGCUGAUCUUCAGCAUGCCCAUGCGAUGCUAUGCAGCUGCCGCGACGGUCCGCUGAAGAACGAACGAACGAACGAACGAAGCCUGUGCCUCCCCCGCAAGGCGCAGGCUGGUCAUCCGUCUCAUCUACAGCCAGGAUCUCGUUAUUUCUUAUAAAUCGAUGACGGAUGAGCGAGGGUUACAAAUGCGGCCUUUAGCCGAGUGAUUGAGAGAGCGCUGUGGCCGGGGAGGUGAUGACUGUGUUCUACAGAUGAA